UUUACGGAGUAGUGCUACCUUCGUUUCCGAACCGGGAGUUGAUUCAUUCGCCAGCCAUGGCGGAUCGCCGCGCUCUCCAGUAGGUUACCCUCCUCCCUCUCCGAUCCCUUCUCCUCCCCCCCUCGCGCCAUCUACAUGCCGCCUCGCCUCCUCCGGUCCUCCACCCCUCUCGCCGCCGCCCACCUUCGCGCGCUCUCCGCGUUCGCCCCGCGCGCUGGGGAGGGCGCGCCCCACCUGUUCGGCGGAAUGCGGCCGCGGGCACCCGACCUCCUCGCGCGCCUCCCCGCCGAGCUCGCGUCAUUCGCCCGCGCGCGCGCCGCGGGGCGCGCCGCGCCGAGCCAGUUCGCCUACGGCAACGCGCUCGCCGCGUGCGCCCGCGCCCCCGCCCCCGCGCUUGCCGAGCAGGUCUACUGCGCCGCAUGGAAGGACGGGCUCUCCGGGAACGCGUACGUCUGCACCGGCAUGGUCGACCUGCUCGCCAAGAGCGGCCGCCUCCGGGACGCGCUCAGGGUGUUCGCGGACGGGGACCCGAGCAGCGCCGUGUGCUGGAACGCGGCCGUCUCCGGGGCGGUGCGGAACGGCGAGGGCGGGCUCGCCGUCGAGAUGUUCCGUGAUAUGGUGUGGGGCUCGUGCGAGCCCAACUCGUUCACUUACUCCGGGGCUCUCAGCGCGUGCGCGGCGGGUGAAGAGCUGAGCGUUGGGCGGGCGGUGCAUGGUCUGGUGCUUCGGCGUGAUCCUGAGUACGAUGUGUUCGUUGGAACGUCGCUUGUUAACAUGUAUGCGAAAUGUGGUGAUAUGGGUGCUGCCAUGAGGGAGUUCUGGAGAAUGCCAGUCCGGAAUGUGGUUUCGUGGACCACCGCGAUAGCCGGUUUCGUUCAGGAUGAUGAGCCAGUCAGUGCAAUGCUGCUACUUAGGGAAAUGGUGCGGAAUGGCGUGGCGAUCAACAAAUACACAGCCACAAGUAUCUUGCUUGCUUGCGCUCAGAUGUCUAUGGUAAGAGAGGCUAGCCAGAUACAUGGUAUGGUUUUGAAGACAGAGAUGUACUUGGAUUGCGUUGUCAAGGAGGCAUUGAUUUCGACGUACACUAACUUUGGGUUUAUUGAGUUGUCGGAGAAAGUGUUUGAAGAAGCUGGCACAGUAAGCAAUAGAAGUAUUUGGUCAGCCUUCAUAUCUGGGGUCAGUAACCAUAGCCUUCUGAGAUCAGUUCAGUUGUUAAGGAGGAUGUUUCAUCAAGGUCUAAGACCGAAUGACAAAUGCUAUGCUUCUGUUUUCAGCUCUGUAAAUUCAAUUGAAUUUGGUGGACAACUUCAUUCAUCAGCCAUAAAAGAGGGGUUCAUUCAUGGUAUUCUUGUUGGCAGUGCACUCUCCACCAUGUACUCUAGAUGUGAUAAUGUUCAGGAUAGCUACAAGGUUUUUGAAGAGAUGCAGGAACGAGAUGGAGUCUCAUGGACAGCAAUGGUUGCUGGUUUUGCUACACAUGGUCAUUCAGUUGAGGCAUUCCUAACAUUCAGGAAUAUGAUUCUUGAUGGAUUUAAGCCAGAUCAUGUGUCGUUAACUGCCAUUCUUUCAGCUUGUAAUAGACCAGAGUGUUUACUCAAAGGGAAGGAAGUUCAUGGUCACACACUUCGUGUCUAUGGAGAAACCACAUUCAUAAACGAUUGUUUUAUUUCCAUGUAUUCAAAAUGUCAAGGGGUACAAACAGCUAGAAGAAUUUUUGAUGCAACUCCACGCAAAGAUCAGGUCAUGUGGUCCUCAAUGAUAUCUGGAUAUGCUACAAAUGGUUGCGGUGAGGAAGCAAUCUCAUUAUUUCAGCUUAUGGUGGCAGCAAGCAUUCGAAUAGAUAGUUAUAUAUGCUCGUCUAUUCUUAGCCUAUGUGCUGAUAUAGCAAGACCAUUCUAUUGUAAACCAUUACAUGGAUAUGCAAUUAAAGCAGGCAUAUUGUCUGAUCAGUCAGUAAGCAGUUCACUUGUGAAGGUGUACUCCAGAAGUGGCAAUAUGGAUGAUUCUCGUAAAGUUUUUGAUGAAAUAAGUGUCCCAGACUUAGUUGCAUGGACCACUAUAAUUGAUGGGUAUGCUCAGCAUGGAAGUAGUCAGAAUGCAUUGGCAAUGUUUGAUUUGAUGGUUCAGCUUGGGGUAAGACCAGAUACUGUUGUAUUAGUGAGUGUUUUGUCUGCAUGCAGCCGUAAUGGUUUAGUUGAGCAAGGUUUUAACUAUUUUAAUUCAAUGAGAACUGCAUAUGGGGUUGAGCCAGAGUUACAGCACUACUGUUGCAUGGUUGAUUUACUUGGUCGAUCUGGGAGGCUUGCAGAGGCAAAAUAUUUUGUUGAUAGCAUGCCUAUGAAACCAGACUUGAUGGUAUGGAGCACCCUACUUGCUGCUUGCAGAGUUCAUGAUGACACUGUACUUGGACGGUUUGUAGAAAAUAAGAUCCGUGAAGGAAAUUAUGAUUCAGGUUCCUUUGCAACUCUGUCGAACAUUCUUGCGAAUUCUGGAGAUUGGGAGGAAGUAGCUAGAAUCAGAAAAACAAUGAAGGGUGUAAAUAAAGAACCUGGAUGGAGUAUGGUGUAAAAACCGAAAUGCUUGAGGAGAUCAGUUAUAAACAUAUAUUUCAUGAGCAGAGAUCGGCUAUAAAGAGAGAAGCACCUUUGCCAAAUAUUUCUAUUUUAUGACCAAGACAUUGCAGAGUAUGUUCAUGAUUAAAACUUCUACAAAAAUUCUUUUUUGAAUGUCCCUAAGCUAUUCUUUAUUAGCACAUGUGCUAAAUUUUGAUUGAGUUGGAGUGAUAAUAUUGGGGAAAUUGGAAAUGAACACCCGUUGGUUUUAUGUGGUCCUGCUCAUGGAAAGGACGUUACAGUUAUCAAAAGUUCCCACUGUUGGGAGAACUGGGUUUGUGAUUCCUCUUGCUGUACUUUAUCAACUAUUCACUUUAUGAGAAUUUUCAUAUAAUCAUACUCGGCAUAUAGAGCACACCCCUAAUUCUCAGAGUAAGCAUAAGAUCUUUAUAGUACAGUGGAACUCAAUUUAUAUAACUAAGCUAUUCUUUCCUCAGUUAAUCUUCCUUUAAUAUGAGUAACUUUCAGGUAUAAAUCUGACUUGAUAUAUAUAGCAUGGUAGUUCUUUUGCUAACAACUGAAGGCUUCUCUUGGUCUUAGUGUCUAUAUGACUAUGUAACAUUUUCCUAUAAAAUGCUAUUGCACAUGACUGUAGGAGUUGGGAGUUAAGGGGAAUUCACAUGGCAUAUUGAUAUUGCUUGUCCAGUUAUCUGAAGGAUCACCCAAUAAAUCAAAUGGAAACUUUAUUUUCUGCCGGAUUCCACAUUCACUGCCUGUACUGUAUUCAGUACCAGUUCUUGUAUAUGGAUCCUCAUCACUAUUUUCAAUGCCUCCAUUUGUGCCUAUAACCCAAUCAACUUCAUAUCCAUUGCAUGGUUCAGUCUGUCCAAACCGUAUGUUUGGCGAGGCUUCAUAUAUGCUAUUGAUUAUUCCAGGGGUUAUGCUGAGAAGCAGCGAUGUGGCACCUGACAUAUGCUGCAGGGUUUGUGUUUUGAAUGGUAAGGUGACUGGACAAUUAUGGUUGUCUUUGUCUGAUUGAUGAGUUAAAGAUGGACUGCACUUGAAGUUUAUGACUUUACUAGAAGAGCCAUCUUGUCUAUUGUUGGGCUUCUGCUGCCUCCCCUGCAGGCACUGCUGACUGUUCAACUGAGUUAUCGGUAUUGCAACUUCUUCUGAGCAAGAGGAACUCUCUGAAGCAAAUUGCGAGCUUGUUGUUGCAGUUGAUUGAGGACCCCAGGGAAAGUGAAGGCUCCGUGAGUGAAGGAAGUCUGAACUCAUGCAUCAUCCAAUCAGUCUUGAACCCUUUUGCUGCUCUCCCUUUGUAAAAGACAAGAGACUUCUUCAGGCUUAUGCAUUUGGUUCCCUCGGAAGAGUAGAUGGGCCUCUAAUACAAGAAGUUAAAAGAGGAAGAGAGGAUGAACUGUAUCCGAGCUUCAUGAAACUUCCCUAAAUCGUCAUGCUUUAUGCCGAUACAUGAGAAAGGGAGUUUAAUAUAUGCUUUAAAAUGAAAUUACAACUGCUUGAACAUGACAAUGCGACCCACAGGCAUGACUGCAUCUAAUGACUGUUACAACGAUGUGAAUGGACCCAGAAAGCAAACGUUUAGCAUCUCAGUAAUAUAAUGGAGUCAUCAACAUCAUUUGUUUGAUUGUUUCUCAUUGAAUUUACCAGAGAAGUCAGUAAGGCAGACAGCAGAUCAAUCAUAUCGAAAGGAAAGGACAAUCAGCGAAUCAGUAUCAUCUGUUGACACAGAUGAUGUAUGAACAGCCACUGAUAGGGAAAAAAAAUCAUUGAGCCGACCUGAAAGCUACUCGCAACGAUUCAGGAAAGUACAAAUGCAUUUGUUAUGGCAAUUAUUGUUCUGUUAGUAACAAUAGAUCUAUAGCAAUUUGCAUUUGUGUAGCCGCCAUUUAGUCUGUGAGGUACAAUAGAAAUUUGAGAACUACAAUACCUUCUAGAGACAAAGAAAUAUAGCAAUACGGCAAUGAAGAGAGAAGUUUCAGACCAUAUUAUCUGAAGCGUGUUUCCAUUAGAUUUCAUAGGUAGAAACAAAUGACACAAGUCUUGUAAACUCCAUUUUCACUAGCUCUAGAAGUUUCCAAACUACUAUCUGAAGAACUUACAGAUAGAGCUGUGGAUGUUUUUUUUAUAUUUCUACAGAAUUGAGGACCAAAUUCAACUUAA